CACAGCGAUGAGUGAGAUGAAUUACUGUUAGAGGGAAAUGGCGCAGAAGACCAAUUCUUCGCUCUGCUCUGUUCCGAUUCUGUUUCUCCUCGCUCUUCUCUUCACCAUUUUCCUCUCCCUUUUCCUCCUCUUCACCCGAUCGACACCCGCUUCUUCUGAAUCUCACAUUUCCCUUUCUUCUUCACACGCAUCCAUCAAAGUCUACGUCGCAGACCUUCCCAGAUCCUUCAACUAUGACCUUCUCGACGAGUAUUGGUCGAUUCAGUCGGAUUCCAGGCUCGGGAGCGACGCAGAUCGUGAAAUUAGAGCGGCCCAGAUGAGGAAGAGCCUCGAAUUCCCUCCGUAUCCGGAGAAUCCGUUGAUCAAGCAGUACAGUGCGGAGUACUGGAUCCUGGGGGAUCUGAUGACGCCACAGCCGCAUCGGGCUGGAUCUUUUGCUGAGAGGGUUUUCAUGGCGGAGGAAGCCGAUGUGGUUUUUGUGCCGUUUUUCGCGACUUUGAGCGCUGAAAUGCAGUUGGGAGUGGCGAAGGGGGUGUUCAGGAAGAAGGUGGGGAAUGAGGACUAUGAACGCCAGAGGAAUGUGCUCGAUUUUCUGAAGAACACCGACGCUUGGAAGAAGUCUGGUGGGAGAGACCAUGUUUUUGUCCUCACUGACCCAGUUGCGAUGUGGCAUGUCAAAGCUGAGAUAGCUCCGGCUGUUCUUCUUGUGGUAGAUUUUGGUGGUUGGUUCAGGAUCGACUCCAAAUCAUCCUCCAACGCUUCCUCAUCAGAUAUGAUUCAGCACACUCAAGUUUCGCUACUUAAGGAUGUGAUUGUUCCAUAUACCCAUUUACUUCCCAGGCUACACUUAUCUGAAAACCAGAAGCGUCGGACCUUACUUUAUUUCAAAGGCGCAAAACAUAGGCAUCGGGGAGGAUUAGUCCGGGAGAAACUCUGGGACUUGCUGAUUAAUGAGCCUGAUGUUAUAAUGGAAGAAGGCUUCCCAAAUGCCACAGGAAAGGAGCAAUCCAUAAAAGGGAUGAGAUCGUCAGAGUUCUGCUUACACCCAGCUGGUGAUACCCCAACAUCGUGCCGCCUUUUCGACGCCAUUCAAAGUCUCUGUAUACCCGUAGUCGUGAGCGACGACAUCGAGCUACCAUUUGAAGACAUGGUGGAUUACUCAGAAUUCUCUGUUUUUGUAGCUGUUAGUGAUGCAUUGAAACCAAACUGGCUUGUCAAUCACCUCAGAACCAUCCCAGAAGAGCAAAGGAGCGAGUUUCGUCGAAAUAUGGCUCGGGUUCAACCCGUUUUCGAGUACAGUAAUGGCCAUUCAGGUGGUAUUGGUCCAGUUCCUCCAGAUGGAGCUGUAAAUCACAUAUGGAGAAAGGUGCACCAAAAGCUGCCUAUGAUAAAAGAAGCCAUUGCUAGAGAGAGAAGAAAACCACAGGGAGUGACAGUUCCUCGUCGCUGCCAUUGUACCUAAUUUCACUGCCAUUUCAAAUUUGUACGUGGUCCUUUUUUUCUUUUUCUUUUUUUGUCUUAGAUUGCAUUGUUUAAUUAAUUCAAACCCAUAAAUGAUAAUCUUUUUUUU